GAUAUUUCAUUAAGUUAUACAAAAGUUGAAGUUGAAGUAAUUAAGUUAUGGUCCUUGUUACUAAAUUAAAAUGUUUAUAUUAAAUAUACUAUGCUCUUUAGUACUCUCCGUUGUAUUUACUAUUUCAUUCGCUUCGGGCAUUGAAAUACCGGAAGAGUUUGAAAAGUCGAACCAUACAAAUAACUGGGCAGUAUUAGUUGACACAUCUCGAUUUUGGUUCAAUUAUCGUCAUGUAGCGAAUGUUUUAUCGAUUUAUAGAAGCGUGAAGAGAUUGGGUAUACCCGAUAGUCAGAUAAUUCUGAUGAUAUCUGACGACAUGGCGUGUAACCCGCGAAACCCUCGACCGGCGACGAUUUUUAACAAUGCUCAUGAGCAGAUUAAUGUAUAUGGAGAUGAUGUUGAAGUGGAUUAUAGAGGUUAUGAGGUAUCAGUGGAAAACUUUGUGCGUCUCCUAACGGGACGACUCCCACCUGACACACCACGGUCAAAGCGAUUGCUAACUGAUGAGGGCAGCAAUAUCCUUAUUUACCUGACAGGGCAUGGAGGCGAUGGCUUCUUAAAAUUCCAGGAUAGCGAGGAGGUGACCAGCCAGGAGCUUGCCGAUGCACUGGAGCAGAUGUGGCAAAAGAGGAGAUAUAAUGAAAUAUUUUUCAUAAUUGACACGUGUCAAGCGUCAUCUAUGUAUGAGAAGUUCUAUUCGCCCAAUAUCUUGGCCACUGCUAGUAGUUUGGUCGGAGAGGACUCUUUAUCUCAUCAUGUGGACUCGGCUAUCGGAGUAUACAUCAUAGACAGAUACACUUACUAUGUCUUGGAGUUUUUGGAAAAUGUUCAUCCUAACACGAAGAAGAGUAUGUCAGAGUUCCUAGCAGUCUGUCCAAAAAGUGCCUGCCUAUCGACAGUAGGCGUCCGCAGUGACCUCUUUAAACGUGACCCAAAGAAGGUCCCCAUUACGGACUUCUUCGGAUCAGUGCGACCGGUAGUCUUUACGACGGACCCGAUUGAAAUAUUAGACAUUCCAAAGAGACGUAAGAAGAAUGAUGAAAAUAGAACCCAAAUAUCCGAGAAGCGGAGCUACUUGCCGCAGUUUCCGCAGCAUCUAGUUAAAAUUGCUAGCGAAUGAAAUUGCUAGUAUUUAUUAAGGCUAGCAUUCACAUUCCGUUUGAUGCUGAUUAAUGCUGGUGUCAUGGUUUCUAUUAAGUAAUAAUCAGCAUCUAAUGUUGAAAACCAGUGGUUUUGAGCUUCUGUCAUUCUUUUUAUAAUGUGAUUGUUUGCUGUUGGUAAUUUAUUUCAUAAUUAGAUUAAGAGUCUCCUCAAACUGGCGCAGUGUCUUCCACAAGGUAAGAUUACAUUUCCUUAAACAAAAAAUGUAAAAGAAAUCGCGUCAUGACGCUGCGUCAAUUUAAUGCAAUCCUUAGGAUACUGGAUACCCCACCUUAUACUUUUAAUUAGAUGUCUGAGAUUAAAUUGUACGGUUAGUGUUAAUAAUUUGCAAAAACAAACUAAUUUCGUGGCCUCAUAGCCUUUUAUAAUGCCCAGGUGCCAGACUUAGUUCUUGGAACCAGUAUAUUAUAGUGUUUUUUAAUGGGAUCGUAUGGGGAAAUGCGAAACCAUAGAAGAUACAAGGAAAUUGUCUUAGGAACUAUUUCGUCUUUUUUGUGAAAACCAUUUUGGUAUAGUCAAAUUUUUGGUCAAGCAUGAGUUGUCCAAGCAUGAGUUGUCCAUAAAAAUGAAUAAAAUUGAUAAUUUUUUUUUAGUGCUGAUCGACUCAACUUUCAUGUAAUGAUCAUUUCGUUGUAUGGUAUAAAAAAAGCAGAAGUUGGUCAAAUGUUUUUCAUACAAAAUGAAUAAAAAUAUAUUUUUUUUAAUGUUGCUAGACGCGCCGCAAGCCGAGGCCGAUUGCACCCUAUGUGGGGUACAGCGCUCGUAUCGGGCUGUGUACACGGCAGGCUGUUAGGACAGGGACAGUGUUCUAAGAUGUGUGUAAAUAUUAUUUAGUUUUCCACUAAACAUUGUAAGAUUCUAUCGUGUGCACAUUUUUGACGUUGACUGUACGAGUACAAUGUUGUGAUUAAUUUAGCUAAUAAUACUGAAUGCAAUUAAAAGAACAAACGUUUUGCAAUUUUAAUGCAUUAUGA